GAGUGUUACAACUUCAUUAGAAUAAAAAUGAUCGAAGUUAAGGCUUUUUGACAUGAAAAUAACAAUUAACCAUAUAAUAUAAUUCCGGAAUGACUGAAAUUGAAGAACUAAAAACUAUGUUAACUCACUUUAGAGUUCAUGAUUUGCAACAAUUAUUAAUCUAUGCAGGUAGGAGUAAAAAUGGUAAAAAAUCAGAAUUAUUAGAAAGAGCUUUAGCCCUAUUGGAAAACUGCCCUGCACCAAUGAAAAUUAAAAUAAGGGAUCUGCAUAAUAAAGUAAUGGCAUCCACCUCCUAUUAUUCCAUCCUAAAAAAUAGAUAUUUUUUCCAGGAUCUCAACAAUAAUUCUAAUAAUAUUAACAAUAAUACUACUUCUACACCUACUAAUAUAAAUAAUGUUAAUACCAUAAAUGGUUUACCUGUUAACUCACAACAUAAAAAUUCAAACAAUGUUUUUACACAAUAUUUUUAUAGUAAUAAUACUGGGAAAUCUAAUUCCAAUGACAAAAAUUAUAAUCAAACUACAAAUUUAACCCCUUUAAAUAUGGGCAAUAUCAAUAAUCUCAAUAACAAUAUUUUUAACAAUAGUCUCAAAGGUGGUAUAACAUAUUCAUCUCAGCAACAAUCAUACAACCAAAAUUCACAAUUUAUUGUUCAACCAAUUAUAAAAUUCAAAUCACUGCCCUUUUAUGAAAAGUUAUCAGACCUCAUAAAGCCUACAACCUUAGUACCCUACAAUUACGAGAAAACAGUUACACAAGAAACCUUUUUCAUAUUCCGCCUAUCUCCUCAAAUGGUCAACGAUAUAGUUUCCUCAAAAUUCAAAUGUCCAAUCACACAAAAAGAAGACUACGCCACUCAAAUUCAGCUUAGAUUUUGUCUUUACGACAUGAGUGAUCCCAAGUCAGGCUGUGAUGACCAUUUUCCUUCUAACAUCAGUGUUAAGGUCAACGGAGUCUAUGCUCCUCUGCCACUUCCCUUACCACCCAAACCGCCAUCUACUGAACCAAAAAGACCAGGCCGUCCUAUAAACAUAACUCCGCUAGUAAAAUUAUCCCCUAUGCUCGAUAAUCAAAUCAAUAUAAGCUGGAAUAAUUCGUUUCAUAACGCAAAUAAUAGCUCCCCAUUCAAUAUGAAUGCUCAAAAUGGAAUGGGGAACAAUAAUUUAAUAAUGGCUCAUGUAAUGGCCCUAUUUCUGGUGCGAAAAAAUACAACACAAUCCUUGCUCCAAAAACUGACCUCAAAAAGUUACUUACGGGCAACUGCCACUAGAUAUAUGAUCAAAGAAAAGUUGAAAUGUGGGGCCGAUGAUCUAGAAAUAGCCACAACUAGUUUAAGAAUUUCUCUUUUGUGCCCGCUUUCCAAAUGCCGUAUGAUUCAUGCGUGCCGAUCCGUGACCUGUGCUCAUUUUCAAUGUUUUGACGCCAAUUCAUACUUGUCUAUGAACGAAAAAAACAGCAAAUGGAUAUGCCCCGUAUGUCACGGACCUGCUCUUUAUCAGUCCUUGAGUGUGGAUAGCUUGUUUAUGGAAAUUUUGAGCUCGGCCCCUGAUUUCAAAGAAGUAGAAUUUUUUCAGGAUGGUUCUUGGAGACCGUUUAGUGAAAAAAUUGUAAAGAAAACUACCAAAGAGACCAGCCUUGAUAAUGAUAAACAAUCCCAUGUUAGUGAUCUGGAAACUGAUACGAAUAGCGGCAAUACUAUUAGAGCCAAUGUCCUUAAACAAAAAAACACCGUUUGUUACAACUCAAAUUUAGAUAAACCACCCAUUCUCACUUGCAAAGGAACUCUCGAUGAAAGCACUAAUAGUCUAAUUAUAAAUAUGGCAAAUAUUUUGAAUUCAAACAUUUUGAUUCAAAACAAUAAAAUAGCUCCAUCAAGUAUCAACCAUGUGUUGAGUAGCAGUAGUGACGAAAAUUUAAAUAACACAAGCCUGGUGAGGAUAAAACGUAAAAAGGGUAGGAAGGUGAUACAACGCAAAAUUGGCAAAAAUAAAGAUAGCAUUACUACUACUAAUACUGUUUCAGAAACUACCCAAAGAAAUAACAAAACAAAUUCAUAUAUACCAUCCACUACACAUAUUAAUACUAUCUAUUCCACUACUUCUAGCUCUGAACUCAAUGAAAAUGAUUCAGACUAUUCAAUUUCUAAUUCCUACCAUUCUUCGAAGGAUCUAAGCUUAAUAUUUUAUAAUAGUAUUAGUGGUAAGAAAAUUAUUACGGAAAAAGCGAAUGACGUGUUAGUGAAAGAAAAAGAAACUGAUAAACUUCAAAGUUUUGAAGUGAUAGAUUUGUGUAGCUCCCCUUCAUCCCCCGACACUUCGAUAAAUCUUGAUAAAACCAAUAACAGCAAUAUAGGUAAAAAUAAUAAAACCGAUGCACUCUCUCUCAAAAAUAUCUUAAGCCCCUCUGGCAAUUCUACUUUUAAUAAAAAUAGUAUAAUUACAAAUAAUUUUGAAGAAGUCAAUACUCGAAAUAUUGAUUUUCCUUGUUGUGAUAGCCCACGGAAUGAUCUAAACACAAAUAUUACCCAUACUACUUUAGAUGAUAAAACUCAUGAUGUAGUGAAUGGAGAGUUUUUAGACAUCUUUUCUUCUAGCAUAUCUUCGUUUGAGAGCAUAAAAAAUAAUUUAAAUGAUCAAGCCAAUAAACCUGAUCCUUUUCCAAGUAUUGCCAGAAUAAAUAGUAGUAACUCCAUUCUUAAAAAUAAUGAUGCAAAUGAGGCCAAUGAUAAAAUAAACAAGUUAACGCUAUCUAUACCGAUUGGUUUCGAAGGGAAUGAUUAUUUGUUUAUUGAGCCUCCUCAAAAUGCUAAUAAUAAUAUACUUAGGAUCGAAAAUACCGACAAUUAUAAAGAUAAAAGUGGAGAAAAUAAUUUUAAAAUCAAUACCGAUAAUUUUAAUCCACCUAUCUUGAAUGAAGAAUAUGCCAAUAAUUUAUCUUCUAUCCAAAGUUCUGUAAUUACAUCUCGAUUGACAAAAAUAGCAGGCAAUAUGGCAUAUGAAAUACCCCAUACCUCUAUUCCUUCCAAAUCUUUAUCAGAUAUUUUGCAAUCUGGGUUAACCAAAGAUAUAGGUCCAAACAUGAAUUCGCAACCACACACAUCAUCUGAUCCUUCUUCUACCCUCAAUAUUUCGAAUAAAUCUAUUUGCAUUUAUCCAGACACUGACCAUAUGGACUCAACCUUAUCUUCUUACACAAGUAUUAAUCCUAAUUCGAAUAUGAUAGAGAUGGCCGAUCGGGAAAUCGCCAAAAACAUUUUCAGUCUCAUGAGACGCGAUUCCAAUACUUUACAGAACCCCCCUGAUACACUAACCACAAACCCAUCAAUCAAAACAUCAUCGAACUGUUUCAUUGAACGGACUUCAGGAAAUAAUUUUACAUCUGGAAUAUCUGUUCGUAAAGUGGAUCAAAUAGGAGCCCAGCUAUUGUUAGAAAAAUGCGGUCUCAAAAAGUCAGUAGCUGCAAAGGUGACUUCAUCAUCACUUAAUCUAGCAAAUGCUUCAAGUUCCUCUUGUUGGGAUAAUUACAAUUUAGAAAAUGGUGGUGAUAAUAAUUAUCGUAACACAAAGUCCGACAGCAUAAAUUAUAACAAUAAUCGUUUGGUGAAUGCCUAUGUUUCAGGUAGAGACGCAAAUUAUGAUGGAAAUAACCUAAUAAUUUCAAAUCACCCUAAUCUGACAAACAUGAUCGAUAAAUUACCAAUCAACUUAAAGCCAUUACCCCUUAUACAAAACACUAUGCCCUCCAUUGCUUUACCCAUAUCAGUUUCCCCUUUUAAUAAUUCCAAUUGUUCUUUGCCAAUGCUUAAGCCUAUUACUGGACUCAAACACACUUUUUCUUCUCACAGUCAGAGUGUAUUAAAUUCAAAUCCUAAUCCCAAUUUUUACAAUACCUCAAAUAACCCUAAUUAUAACUUAGACCAUAUAGUAAAUAGUAGUCAUUUUUAUAAUAAUUCGAAUCCUUACAAUAACAUAUUUCAAAGCCAUAACUCUCAAUAUAUGAAUCAAUCGAAUAAUUCAAAUACUAACGUUUUGAGGGAUCAAUAUUGCGAUAAAUUUGAUGGGCAAUAAAGGGAAAUAUUAAAAAAUUCUUAUUAAUAUGCUUUCACAUUCAAGAUAAAAGUGUAAGAAUUUUGUUAAUUGUUAUUCAUUAAAAUUAACUUUUCUGGCCAUAAUGCUUAUUAGCACUUAUACAAUUCAAUUGAAAACAAUUGGGUCGUAUUUAAAAAUUGAAUAGUCAAUAUAUUAUAUUUAUUACCUUUAUACAAUGUUUUCUACGAUUUAUAUUUGAGUAUUUAUAUCAUGUAUAUAUAAUCAAAUGUUUUACCCUGCUAAACUUAUUUUUAUAAUGAUCAAUUCAGAAAACGUAAACGCGCAUUUCCAAUCAAUUUAUAUUUCCCCCUUUGACUUUGUAUAUAUUAAUCAGGAAUAAAUUAAAAGUUUA